GCAAGAUCUUUCGAAAUGGAGAUCACGCUGCUGACGUCGGCGCAAUACGUCGAUGAUCAUUACAAGGAAUUGAAGCGGAAGCGACCCGAUGAAAAGGACUUGGACAGUUCGGUAGAGGACAAAGUAAUCUCCAGUGCGGAGGUGACUUCGGCCGCACGGCGACUCGAAGUAGCAUUGCAGGCGACGUCUUCCGCCAUCAAUGAGGGGACUGCAAGUUCUGACCUAAACCAAAAGCGACACUUGGCGGCUUGUCUGCACCAACUGGAAGGGAUGUGGCCUGUGACACCGUUGGACAAGAAACUCACGUUGCUGUUCACGAUACUGACCCAAAUGUCCACCACCGUCGGCACGAUCAGCGACCUGGCCGCUAUCGACGACAAGGUUGCGACGUCGUCGUUCCCCGCGACAACGUUGGAAUCCCUUCCCCUGUCGACGCAACUAGCCGUGAAGCUAUUUUUUCGCCUAAUUCAGUCCAUGCGAGCACGAAGCCAAGCCAGUGGCAACUACGCCACGCUGCUGCGUUUGGUGCACCACUUGCCACGCAUGCUCACGGAUUUACCGCCGCUGGCCUUGUCCCCAGAGCAGCGCCUCUUGACCAACGACAAGUCGAUCUUUGACGAACUCGUGACGACAGUCCAACACGUGAUACCCCAGACCAAGGAAGAUCAAGAGGCGGUGCUGGCCACACUGGUGGGACUCAGCAUCAAGCGCGGCCGGCUGUUGCAUAUUCUCGGUGUCGUGCGACUCCUCUUGCAGGCGGAUCCGACAUUGCCCAUGCAGUUGGCCCUGCCCUUCUUGCAUGAAUUGGCCGAGGCCAAAGCCCAAGAGACCGAGAAUGGCAUGCCAGACGAACGCCUCCAUGCUGGGUACUUGAUGAGUUUCGGCAAAGGCGACCACGGCAAACUCGGCCAUGGCACGUGCACCCAUGUCACAUGCGCCGACAAUAAAUGCACCGAGAACAAGCCCGUGCCAACCAUGUUAGAGGCCAGUCGGGACACGAUGUUCAUCAAAAUCGACUCGCUCUCGACGCACUCGGUGGCCGUGACGGUCGCGGGGGAGCUGUACACGUGGGGAAACGGGGAAAAGUUCCGCCUUGGACAUGGCGACGCGACCAAAGAGUACGUCCCCCGGCUCGUCGAAGCCUUUCGCGACAAGCCGCGAAUCAAAGACGUGGCGUGUGGGUUGGGACAUACCGUGGUCCUGACAGUGUCGGGGGAUGUGUACGGAUGGGGCAACGGCGGCAAUGGACGCCUGGGUUUGGGGGAUACUGGGGACCAGAGUGUACCGAUGCAAGUGACGUUUGCACAUGUGAAGAGCGAGUUGUGGGGUGUUGGGGCCGUGUAUUGCGGCGCGAGCCAUACGUUGGCUAUUACCAUGCAAGGACAGCUGUAUACAUGGGGAAAGAAUAACCAGGGGCAAUGUGGCCACGGACACACGAACGAUCAACUGACGCCGGCCCAAGUUUUAUUUUUCGACGAAAUGGACUUGAAAGUCGCGAGUGUGGCAGGCGGGUGGGAGCAUACGUUGAUCUGUACGACGGGGGGCCAAGCGUUUGCAUGUGGCUGCGGGUACAAGGAUAGUCGACGCGCGGGGUUGCCGCCAGUGUUGGGCGUCGGUAUGAACGACACUGACCGCCGUGUCAAGCCGGCUUUGAUUCCCGUACUCGAGAAUUGCGUGGCCGUGGCGUGCGGAUGGGACCAUUCGCUGGCAGUCACGGGCGACGGCAGUGUGUACUCGUGGGGCAGCGGCAGCAACGGCAAACUCGGCCACGGAGACGAAGACAAUCGCGACGUACCUACCAAAAUCCAAGGGCUAAAUGGGAAAGCGAUUCUCGAUGUCAAAGCGGGGUGCGAACACACGACCGCGAUCACAACCAACGGUGAAAUGUACACAUGGGGGCACAGCGACAGCGGUCGCCUGGGACAUGGUGACAACAUCACACGCAAAUUGCCGUGCUUUGUCGAAGCAUUUGCAUGGCAAGGAUACCGUCCCGUGUCGAUAGCUGUAGGGGACAAGUACAAUCUGGUGCUGGUGCAGCCAGUAGCUGAGAAACCCCCCACAAGCAGCAGCAGCAGCAGCAAUAACCAAGGGCUGUUGGCACCACCCCAUCAUCCCAAGACAUUGUUGGUAGAAGCAGCUUCACUGGACGAGAGUAUGCCGCUGACGGCGGCUUCCCUGGCCGCCCACAUCAUGACGCACGUGGAUCGCCUUGGACGCGCGUGUAUGCCUCAAGACAACGUGCAACUGCUGGAGAAGCUUCGCCACGUGUACUUGCACCCAACUUCCACCCCACCGGCUAUGGCGUACGCCGUGGAUGUAUCAAACGAGACGUUUCUAACACUUGUGGAUAUUAUCACAACGACCUUGGGGUUGGACCCGGUCGAGUCGAAACAGUCGAGUGUGAAAACCACAAACCAAUUGACGACGAACCUGCUUGUGACGUCGUUGCGACUGGUACAAGUCAACUUGUAUCGGUUGCUCACGUGCCCAAAGCUGGCGCCACCAGUGGUACACAAGCUGUUUAUCCUACUUCGAGAACUCGCGACGCUGCCCGUGGCCGACGACACGCAAGAGAUCAGUCAGUGCGCCGCCGACGCGCUCAAAAUUGGAUUCCAAGUGUUUUAUCCCACAAGUGUCGACCAGCACGAGUUGUUGUGGCAACUCAUGACCCAGUCUUCGUCCGAUUUGAUGCUGCUGCGCGCGCUCGUGGACCGGUUGUGCCAAGACUAUGUGAUGGUGGACUUGAUGGCGCGGUUGUUUUCGAAAACGCAUACAUGUGACGUGGCCGCGUCAGAAAUAGCGUCGGCAUGGGACAAGGACAGUUUGACGUAUAUGGAUCUGAUGGCUCUGAUGACUCGUCUGGUCAAGCAGUGCGCAGACACUGACAACACCGACCCCCGGUUGCAAUUGCAGCUAAAACUGGUGGCGGUACUGCAGUCGCACGUGUUUGCAGCGUGGAACCCGUCGAUGUAUUGCACUCGCUGCAUAAAUCGGGUGUUGGGGUCGUACUUGGAGGGUUUGCUUGGCGAAGGGCUGAGUCUGCUUCGCAAGGUGCACAAGGGGCUGCUCAAAGGCAACGACGUGAGCCAGCUCCGCCCGUCGUUCUUCCAUGUACUAGUCCCCCUCGCCAUCGAAUGCAUCCAAGUGACGACGCCGUUGCGGUCGAAUAUGGCGCUGGCCAAGACGCUGUUGCCGCUGCUGUUGCCCAUGUUGAAACUCGUCGACGAAAUCACGUACAAAAUGUCAGAAGAUUCCAAAGCCAACAACCAAGCCUUGCCCAUCGAUAUUGCAUGGAUCACAGAGCUGGAAAACGCAUGUGCACGCCUCGUCGGUCGAUAUAUAUGCAUGUUCCUAGCGUCGCCGUCGUCGUUUAAAUUGGACUCGUCCAUGGCUUCAGUACCCACCUGCAUUCAAUUUGUAUGCCGACACGGCCCGUUCCUCCAAGCCGCCGACCCCCACGACGACUUGCUUCGGACGUGGGAAUCCAACCACGUAUAUGACGUUUCGUAUGAAACCCAUCCCCCCGAGCCCGUUCCCACAGAUGUGACUUUGGUGGACCACUUGGCGAUUCUUGAUUGGGUGGCGGGGCACGGCGGCGUAGUUGAAGAUUUCCACCAGUACAUGUUGCGCCAUGUGCAUCCAAUUCCAGCCACGACGGUGGACGUGGUGGUGCUGGCUAUAGUGGUGUGGCACAGCGGGCUUCUUCCGUCCGUGUUUGCAUGCAUUGCGUCGAUCGGGGCAGUCGAAUUGAGGCGCGGUUGCGCCAACCACCCGCCGCCGCAGCCCGCUUUGCUGCAUGUGUGGCAAUGGGUGCUAACAUAUUGCGCUGGUACUGUUGACAUGACGGAUACCAUGCGCAUGCAAGGCAAAGUGCUUUUGCAGUUUUAUCCAUCCAAGUGCAACUUUACCGUCGAACCAGAGUCCAACAUCCCGGUCAACGGUUGCCAUCACCCGACUUGCACGAUUCAGCCAACAACGCCAGCCACAGUCUCCCUACCGCAACUCGUCACCGCCCUCUCGCGCCAACACUUUGAUAUGGGACCCUCAACUACUCGAGGCACUCCGCUCAAGAUCAUCGGGCUGUCGAUUCUACACGACUCGCUGUGUAAAUUGACGAGCAGUUCCGCCAAGUGCGAAUUGCUAAGAGCGUUUAUCGAGCCAGUAGAGUGUGGGGGGGACAUGGGGGGCUGGUUGACUUUGACCGUGAAUGCGUGGCAAGAGCCCAAAGUCGAAUUCCACCGAAACGCUGUCGCAGAUGUCGACGACGUGGGGCUGACCCCGCUUCAAGUGCUUGAACAAGACAUGCACACGCAAUACGGUGUCGCAUACCACUCGAAACUGUCGAAAGCGUUUGAGAACCUGUACAUUCGACUCGCCAAAAUCGUGGCGAGUCCCGAGAGCAGUUUACUGCUCAAGAAACGAGCACUGAAUCUCUGGAGUGUCACUUUUCACGACGCGCCAUCCGUACUGCGCCACACUGGCAUUUUGCAUACAUUGGGGCAACUGCUCCAGCACGAAGCGGCCCACGUGGCGUUGGCGGCCAGCCCCCCAUUAGACAUCUUGGACGAUGCCAUUUCCAGCAGCACGCACGGCGUCCCAUCGUCGUCGUGCCUUGCGCCGCGCUUGCGCCCCGUCGAGAAGCUCGUGUACAUGGCUACAUCACGCCACAACGUCCACCAGGCGUGCUGGCAUGUGUUUUCAUGGCUGUGUAAGCAGUUUAUGACCAACGAGCAGUUUAUGGCCAAUGACUACGACAGCGCUAUGUCGAGCGACCUCCGGCCGUCCUCGUCAGCCAAGGCAGUUGUGUGUGCGUCGCCGCGGAAACGUCUGACCCUGCCCCCCAAGUUGAUCGUGUCGACGAUGGAAGAAAGCUUCGACCACAUGGUGCUCGUAUUGCUCCAGGAAGCCGCCAAGAUCAAGGAUGCCCUGACUGGAUGGAACCACCACGCGACGGAAUUGACGCGCUGUGUCAAUGCUAGCCAUGUGCUGCUACUCGCAGACCCAUAUGUCGUGUCGAGCGCCCCCGCCAUCUUCACGACGACUUCGCCCAAGGAAGAGCGAGCGCAUGACCCAAGGGGCUGGACCGUUUGCAUGUGGAUACACGUGGACGAGAUCGGCGCGGUGCCUGUGGUGCUGGUGGCCAACGGUGACGCGCCGCUCGUCACGCUCGAACACCACGGUUACAUUGGAUUGACUUGGAACGAUUCAAUGAUCAAAGUGGUGUCCACUGGAGCGUUAAAGCGUAGGGGGUGGACCCACGUCGCAUGCAACUUCUUUCCCGACAAGGCGGAGCUGUAUCUGAAUGGGGUAUUGGAUACCGCCCAAGUGGGGCAGCACUAUCAUGUAGUGAUGCACCCCACGUUUACAGUGGGAGGCCUGUGUGGCGACCAGUCUGCGAACCAACCCGAACAUCAUUCGUCGUCGCACAUUCUUCUGGACGAUGUCACAGUUCACUACACCCCCCUCAAUCCCCAACAGAUUGGCUCGCUUGCAGCCGCGGGCUCGCUCCUGUUUCGGAUCAAACAGAGGCAGCUCUUGGACCAGCACUGCACGUCACUGCUGUCGUUGUUGGCAUGGCUGGCUACCGUCAAAGCCCCAAGUAUGACAGAGGAAAUCCCUCUGCUGCUAGCCCUCCUGCCUCUGUGCCCCCCGCCAGCCCACCCCCACAUAUUCCGACUUCUGGCAUGCAUAUUGCCUUCCAUCUCCCCGUCUCUACCAAUUCCCGCCUUGUCGGCGUCGGUUGUGGAAGUGUUAGUCAGCCAAUUCGGCCUCGCUUGGUUCAGUGAAUCCAAUGGUUUGUAUGGCCCCCCAGAAUUAUACGACCUGCUCACGUGUCGAAAGGACAGCAGCUGUAUCUCCACUCUUCUUCGUGCAGGGCUAUUCGACAGAGAUGGGGGGGGGGUGGUGACAUGGUUGGGGCUGGACGGUCCGCUUAAGGCCAAGUCAUCGUCCAUGCUUCGAGCGGCCCGGUCGUCUUUGGUGGACUCGUUCGUGACGCUCUUUCGUGCGUUGCUCUUGUCGCCGACAUGGACACCCGAGUUGCUAAGCAAGUUUGCGGGGCAUUCCCCCGAGACCAUCCUCGUGCCCCGACGACGACGCUCUGACGCCCCCCGCAGCCCAUCGAAAAAACCGAACGACCUUGUGGUGCCGUUGAUCUUGUCUAUCUAUGUCUUGGGGGGGGUUGGCAAGCCGCCGCCGCCGACAACAGUCCCACCCCCGGUCAAGAUGGGCGACACGAUGCAUGGGUUGCUGGAGUGGGUACUACAGCAUCCGCUGAGCAUUGACGGGCACGGCACUACAUUCAUGCAAGACAUGGACGAGGACAUUCAAAUCGCUAUCUACAUGCACAUUCGAGCCAGCCUGUUGCGGCUAGCCAUGGCGCAGACACUGCACCCUUGCGUAGCACGCACAAUGUUAAGCCACGAGUCGGUGGUGACUGAAUUGCUGGCCGUGGCAGUUCGACCGGUGCAGAGUUCGCUAGAAGACGUGUUUGGCAACGAGUUGGACGUUGUGUCCAAGCUGGACAACGUCCAGGGCCUGGUGGACUGGAUCGCAGACGACAACAAUAGUAAUAUGACCGAAUCUGUGACAAAGAAACGAGCGAUUCUAGACACGGUGGCCACGAUCUUGUUUGAGCGGCUGCCGUAUGUGAGGGGUGCCGACGUGACGCCGUGGUGGGUCGUGAGUGCGGCGCAGAGCUUGCAUGUGUUGGGAGGCGAAGUAGAAGUGGACGAGUAUUGUGUCAAGGGGCUGCUACACUUUCCCACGGUGAAACUCAACGGCGUGUCGGUGACAGCCGGGUCUGGGAUGUGGUACUACGAAGUGGUGCUGCUAAGCGAUGGGCUCAUGCAGAUUGGCUGGAUCGAUUCUGGCUUUGAAUCGGACGCGCUGCAAGGUCAGGGCGUGGGGGACCACGCCAACAGUUGGGCGUUUGAUGGGUUUCGGCGCAAAAAGUGGAACGUAGGGGCAAUGGACUAUGGUGAAAAGUGGCAAAGUGGCGACGUCGUGGGGGUAUUGCUGGACACUGAUCGGUGUGAAAUGCACUACUUUUUGAACGGCCGCUCUCUCGGCAUUGCGUUUGAAGGUUUGCGACUCAACCAUCCGGUAUAUCCCGCGAUGUCAUUGAACGUGGACCAAAGCGUGCAGUUCCACUUCACCGCGAGCCAAUUCCUGUACUUGCCUGCUAUGGACAAGAUUCAGCCCGUGUCGAGCGCAAUCUUGGGCCACAUGUGCGAGCACAACACGUCCACUUCGCCCAAAACUACCCCCCCGAGCAGCAGCAGUAUGCAGGAACAGGAUGCUCGGCGAACCGACCUCAUUGACGGGUUGAUUGGGCUUGGGUUUCCUCCUGAAUGGGCGUUGCGAUGUGCGAGGGAAACGUCGACGGAAUUGAGUGAAAGCGGCGCGAUCGCAUGGAUCAUGGAGCAAAUGGAGCAAGAAGGCCAGGCGGUUCGUCCGCCGCCGCCGUCUUUGCAUGGCUUUGACACGUCCAGUCAGCACUUGCAAACACUGGAUGGGUUCACAGACGUAGUAAAAUCGCCUGCUUUGGACCCACCACCCCCGUCAACAUCUUUGCUGUGCGUUUCAAUCGACGAUAAAGAUAUGGAAUCCACAAAUCCAUUUCUAGCCGACGAAGUGUGCGAGGAUGCGUACAGUGUCGAGUGCUUUUCACCGCCGAGGUUGCCACCACCGACUAGUAGUCCCAACGCCAAUCCCACCGAUAAGAAGGCGUCGACGUUUGUCCUCGAACUGGCCGACACGUGCCGCGAUGAAGAAAUCCUUCCGCUGUACUUGAUUGCCGAGACAGCGCGAAGCAAAUGGUGUGCUCAGGACACUCUGAACCAAAUGCUUGUGCACAGCACGACGCCAUCCCCCGCCGCCUUCCCCCACGGCCCUUUUCUCGCAUUUGUCCAAUCUGUCAUCGUCGGCAGAAGUACCGAUGAUGAUGUUGAUAUGAAGGAUUCGCAUCUUGGUGCCAACUACACACGGCUCUUGCACGCCAUGUGUGCAAAGAACGCAAGGUUUGUGUCGAUUCUGGUCGACGAGAUGCUGCGGCACUUUACCUUGGCGUGUGACAAGGACUAUUGGUACACGUCGUUCCGUCCAGGGGAUCGAGCUACAUCGGUAUCUUCACCAUUCCCCCCAGUGAAUUUAGACUGGAGCUGUUGGCUAGCCCGAGUGUUGUUUGCAUUUGCUCACAAUGACAACGCCGCCGAGGCCAAUGCGGUGAUUCGCGCGUCGAAUGUGUGGCCGACACUGGUAAAAGCUGCGACGAAUUGCAAUGCGACACUGCGGCAUCGAGCUAUCACUGUUAUGACGUGGUACUUGCAGCAAGAUGGGUUGGUGGGAGAGUCAGGCGUGCCGUGUCUUCGCUUCGAGUACUUUGUCGAGUGGCUCGCGGCACGAGUUCGGAAAGAAAGCCCUAUGCGCGUCGUCUAUUCGGACUAUACCCAGAGUUUGUUUCAGUUGGUCGUGACCAUCGACACCCUUCUUGCCGCGACCGAUAUAUCUAAUAUUGCAUCACCACCACCCUCACCACCGUCUCCACCUUUAUCUGAUUUGGUCGUGGAAUACAUUUCGACCACGAACGUAACUAUCUCGUACCCUGUCACACUUGAUACACGUGUGAGCCACUUUCAACUCGCCACGCAAUCUCUCGUCCAUGGACGUUUGUCGCCUUUUAACGACGUGCUGGAGCCUCCAGUUCAGCCCGGCCAAGUGUCGUAUACGUUUUCCGACCUCGAGCCCGACACACUGUACAGCGUCCGCGCCAUCCUCACGACAGCCGAACCGACUGGUUCCGUGACGUUUGAAACACUUUGCGAAUCGCAUUUGGAACUCGACGCGUCCUCUAUGGGCGCCAACCUCGAGCUCGUGCACCACAACAUGACGGUUCGGAACCGCGUCAAUAAGAAAUGGAACGCCGUGCGCGCCAGUGUCGCAUACACGAGCGGUGUGCACGUGUGGGACGUCCGCAUCGACAAAUGUGUAUCGAAAAAUAUAUUUGUGGGCAUUUGUACCGCGGACGCGUCCAUGGAAAACUACGUUGGCAGCGACGCAUGGGGAUGGGGGUUCCUCGCCAACAAGGCGGUGUGGCACAACAAGAGCAAGCUCCAAACGUACGGCGACAUGUUCAAGCAGGGCGACGUGAUUACCGUCGCAUUAGACGUGGACCACGGCACCCUCAGCUUUGCGCGUAAUGGCGAGUCGUUCGGUGUGGGGGUGGACAACCUGCCGAGCCAGGACCAGGGGGGGUACUUCCCCGCCAUUUCCAUGUACAACAAGGACGACCAAGUGACGUUUCUACCCCACGACGAGGCCACGACGGGCUCCAAGGGCGCCAAAUCUGGCAUCGCGUCAAUCAUGCGCAAGGUGGAAGCCUUCCAGCGCCUGCAAACGCUGUGGACACGCCAGGAGCCCCCCCUGGACGUGUAUUCCGCGUGGGUUCUCUGGACAAUCGGCCAGCUCAAGUACGUGGUGGGGGCCGAUGGGAACGCUGUCGCAGUGGACGUGACCGACAACGCGUGCGCCCCCUUUGGAUUGCAGCCCUGCGACGUGGUAUUUACGCCCAAAGGCAUGUGCACUGUCUUGGGUGUGGCCCAUCACUUGUUGUGGUACGCGUUGGAGUCGCAUAAUCAGCCAUCUGGCCACGUGCUCGCGCAUUGGAAUGUUCAAACGUGCAGAGACAUGCAAAGUCGAGAACAUGAGUUUCCCAUCACGCGGCACCAUCGGACUCAUCAUUCUCAUGAUGCACAAGCAGAAACACCAAUCUGUGACAUCGUUUCGUACGACGACUUUGCCGUGCGCCAACGGUCGUGGACGCCAGCGCUGGAUGAAGCCUUGAUCGCCCGUCUCCACAGCCUCGCCCAGCUCCAUCGCGUCGACUCGAUGUUUCACUUGACAGCAAAGGAGAUUGUGCACGCGCUGGAAAAGCAUGCACUGGAUGGCAUGUCUGCGAUGGACUGCCUCUGCCGCACGGGUGUGUUCCACGCCUCCAAUCAACUCUUGCACGCCGUCAUACCGUACCUUGCAUCCUCGUCUGGAGCUCAUGGAAUCCCGAGAGCUGGACGCCACUCGUGUAUCGUGGGGUUGAAAUUCGCCCGAGAUUUGAUCAAAAAAAGUACGACUUUGACGUUGCCACCAGCCGCCGCUACGGACGACGAUGUCGACAAUGACCCUGUGGACCUGCCCAAGUGCAAACUCACGUUGCCGUCCAUGUACAGUAGUACCGUUACUUCUUUAUAUCAUACCAAUCAUCCUCAUUGUCCUGUAUAUAUAUAUAUAUAUAUAUAUCAUGUAGGCCGUGUAUUCCGUACUGGGAGCAACAAGUCGAUCAGACAGGGUUGCGACGACCAUCUCUUGAAACUUUGAAUACUCCCCCAUCACGAAGUGACCCAAUACAAGACCACCACAACCGCGCCGCUGCCAGCAUUGCUGUGACACUGUCGACUUUUUUCGACCAGAUCGCAGACCCGAGAGACCUCCGCCGGCAAUUCACGGCGCCCUCCACGAGCGUCUACUCGACCAGUGUCCAGCCCCGGGCGUUCCGAGUUGUGUGCGAAGACAUGCCGGACCCCACGGCGUCGUUCUUGUACGCGCUUCGAGAAGCGGCUCGGGAAGUGCAGUCGCCGCGGGUGCCGCUGUUCGUCCCGGUGGCCACCUACUCUUCUUCGCCCAUGAACCCCACCCAAAAACUGGCCACGAUGGUGAAUCCUCUGGAAAAAGAUGUGACACUGUUUGAAGGCGUCGGCCGCAUCAUGGGAAUCGCGUGGAGAUGUGACGUUUCCAUGCCGUGGCUGUUUGGUCCGAUCGUGUGGAAGUACUUGACGGGGGAAUGUAUCACGUUGGCCGACUGGCAAGAAGGUGGUGGUGGUGCUGACGGUGUCUCAGCCACCACUCGAACGAAACGUGUGGUGGACACGGCGCUGGCCAUGUCGAGCUGGACCCAAGAAGACUUUGACAUUCACCAGAUACCAUACUGUGCCGUCGAGGAUACUGCUACCGAUAUUGUCAGUCUCGAUACGCGCGAGGUGUACGUGCAAUCAGUGUUGGCCUCCUUGAUCUUGCCCUAUCAAGAAGCAUUGGCUGCCAUUCGACGCGGCAUAACCGCGAUCGUACCCGCGGCCUGCCUGAGCUUGUUGUCCGCCGUUCAAUUGCAAACCCAGCUCACGUAUCCAUCUGUGGACUUGCUUGCCCUUGAGGCGGGUACAACGUACGGCGGAAAACACGCCGCCGCCGCAGUAUGCUCCGACGCGGCCGCGGGGUUCUGGAAGCUCGUGCACGGGUACUCUACCGCCGACCAGCGGCAUUUCUGCCGGUUCCUCAGUGGCCAUGAUGGCGGCAACAUGUCCAUGCUGCGGCUCGACAUCCAUCUAAGCCCGCCCAUGAUGCAGCAGCCCCCGUCGAUGUCCCCUUCUUCUUGCGAAGAUAGCAAUGACCACAUGAUGACAAAGUACGGCUACCCGCAUGUUGAACGGGACCUGCCAAGCGACGAAGACCGUACGACCCCCGUGCGACUGUAUGUGCCCGCGUACGCAUCGGUCGAGAUGCUGCAGAAGAAGCUGCAUCUGGCCAUGACCCAUCAUACCGACCAAACACCGCUGAUGUAGGCAAUUCAACGUGUAUACGCAUAUAUAAAAUGGACAUUUCACGCUUGUUACAUGAAUUGGCAUCGGCCACAACACACAGUGACCUUGUCAUCGUUGUCGUGUGUCUUGUGGACUUGAGGAGGGGGAGCGGAAAAGUAAGGCGACGGCGGCGGUACCGCGGCAGGAACCACCGGCGGCGCGGCCAAUCGGAAUGACGCCGAUGCCUUUGUCUGCAGGGGAAUGAUCGGAGGUGGAGGGGCGUGGCGAACGGACGCGCCGACGAGUGCUUGUGCGGCGGCCUCUUCUCGGUCCAACGCGGCGAACGUCGGACGCGAGUUGGGACCUAGACUGGCGCGGGUGUCGUCGUUGUACACGCUCGACACUUCGCUGGAUGUGUCGUUGUAGCACUCUUCGUGGUGGCUGUACGAGUCGGAGAUGGCGCCUUCUUGCUUGACUUGCCGAGCUUUCAAUCCCUACGUGAUGGCGGAAUGAAUAGUUGUCGCUACAUGUAAGAAAAAACACCUCGACCCAACGAAUGGCUUCA